CAGUUGAGUCCCGUGAGUGGUCCGGGCACGCAAAAACGUAUGAAACAUAAAUCGCGUAAGUGGUGGCACAUUGUACCGGGUUGUUAAAUAUUAUAAAACUGCCAUCGAACGUCGAGAGGGUGCAGAGCGGUGCUUAGGGUGUGUGUGUGUGUUAACGAGACGCGUGAGAUCAUAUAGACACUAAACCAACAAUAAUAUUCUCAAUCCUCAGUACAACAAAUACACGAGUUCAUUAACUCCAUGACUUAAUCUCACUCACAUUCGUCUACUAAAUUUCAUUUAAAUUUGAAUAUUUAAACAUACAUUUAAACAAUCAAAUAUACAUAUAUAUUUAUUAUAAGAUCAACAAUAAAUGGAGUUUCUUGUCCCGGUGUAUUUAAAAUUAUAAAGUUUAAAGUGCUCGUAGAAUAAUAUUUUUUCAAAGUGAGCCGGCGCGAGAGCUGUCACUUCGAUCGCCAUUUUAGCGCCGUUCGUGCUGGAGAAUGCGCGGACUCGAUCACGUUCUUUAAGGGACACUGGACGCUCGUGUUACUUUUUUUUAUAAAUAAAUAUUGUUUUUUUUUUAUAUAAUAUAAAUAAUAGUAUUAUUAUUAUUAUUGUAAUUAAUAAUAGUAAUUAAAUAAUUUAAAAAAAGUGAGUGGUCGAGUGUUGGUUAGUGUUAGAGGAUAGUUGUAGAUGUAGCAGAAGACAGACGAGAAAAGGUAAAGAAAAAAGAAACAAAUAAAUGGUUAUGUUGAGAAGGAAAGAAAGCUAAAGUGAGAGUUGCCGGCAAGUUUGAGAAAGAGAGAUAAAUAUAUAAACCAGUGUGUGUUGUUAUAUAUAUUUGUAUUUAUAUAUACAUAUACAUAUAUAUAAUAUAGAUAGACGUGUAUUUGUGUCGUGGGAGGCAGAGUUCGCCGUUUUCUUGUGGCUUACUAAGUUUUAUAUUUUUAUUUAUUAAACUUACGCUCCUUUAUCGUUUCUCAUCUUUCUCUAACUACGGUAGUUUUUUUUUUUAUAAAUGCUCAUAUAUUUUUUAUGUUUAACUUUUUUUAGGAUUGAUACUGGAGUUAAGUGAUAACGUUAUUUAAAGAGUGGUAUUUUAAAUCCAUCCCACGCACGCAACUAUUCAUUUUAUAUUUUAAAUAUCGAUAUAUCGAUGAGCGAAAAGACCUGGAAAAUAAAUACGUGAGUUGGUUUUUUUUAUAAUUAGUGUAUAAAUAGUGACAAAGUGUUGGUGUGUGAACAUUUGUUUUUUUUUUAAAUUCAAGUAGAGAUAAAAGAAAGUAACCGUGGUUAAAAGUGAAGUGAAGGGUGAAUUUGCAAGCUAAAAUCUGUAGUUAGGUGAAAUAACUGUGCGACACAACACAGUGGAUGGAUUUAUAAAUAAUAUAUAUUUGUUUAAAUAAAAAUAUACUCGAUUUGGUUCGAGACGUGAUAGUAGAUACUUUAAAAAUUUUUAUAAAAGUCAAUAUACUAGGUGUCUUGGAUGACGAGACGGGAUCGUUGACUUUAAUUGAAAGUAUUUAAUUAAAAGUAUACCUGUGCUUGCUGGACAGACCUUUAUUAUUUAUUUAAAAUAUAUUUGUGGAAUAAAUAAUAUUGCAAGGUCAAGUUGCUGGAUAGAGAAAGGGUUCUUUCACUCUUACUCUACUAAUAAUAAAAAUAAUAACAACAACAACAAUAGUAAUAAUAAAAAAAAGAUAUAAAAAAGUGUGUGAUUAUCAGUGUGUGCGUGCAAUACCGGUCGAGCGACUGGAAAGGGUCGCGUGUUAUCGGCCACACAAAAUAUAUAUCUUAUGGUAAAAGUGGUUAAUCAGCUCCGUGGAUAAGGGUUGUUAGGUUAUUUUAGUUUUUUUUUUAAGUGUGCUAAGGGAUCGAAGGCAACGGGCGCUCGAAAUGAUUCUGCGCGUUUAAGGGGGUGGGUGGAAAGGAGCCAACGAUCGACCAAGAUAAACGAGAGCUGGAGGCCGCCAGAAAAACGGCAAACGAGGUGGGCUCCAGACUAAGUAGUAGCUCGGUGGAGGCGGGGGGCGGGUAAAAUCCCGUCCCGUAGGAUAGGAAGGUAGUUUAGAGGGUCUGGCAAGUGGAGUUUGCCGUUACUAUAAAUAUUAUAAUCAUCAAUAAGACCACGGCACAGCAACGAUGACGACAGUGGUGGUGGGUCUUGUGUUAUUGCGCUAUUGGCGGCAAUUGCCGCUUAUACUUAACAUUUUCCUGCUACUUGAACAGCUGACAUUGAUAAACGGUGCGGCUUCAACCGAUAUCGUUCAUCAAUUUUACGAUCCGGAUGUUCAGCGUAUGAACCAUUUGGUGGUUGACAAAAAUACUGGCCGUGUUUAUGUCGGGGCCGUUAAUCGAUUGUACCAAUUCUCACCGGACCUAAAUCUCGUGGUGAAAGCAAUCACCGGUCCCCAAGAAGAUGCACUUGAUUGCUCGAGUUUCGAUUGCCCGCGUGAAACAGUAAAACGUAAAGUAGACAACGUAAACAAAGCAUUGGUAAUUGAUUACACGACAAGCCGUUUGAUAUCGUGCAAUAGUCUAUUUCAGGGUACAUGCGAUGUGAGAAAUUUACACAACAUAACCGAUGUAGUGCAAAAGGUUAAAGACCCAGUGGUGGCAAACAACGCGACGGCCUCAACGGUGGCAUUCAUUGCGCCAGGACCACCGAAUCCACCGGUAUCCCAAGUCAUGUAUGUCGGUGUCACGUACACAGCAAAUUCACCCUACCGGUCAGAGGUCCCGGCGGUCAGCUCGAGAUCCCUCGACAAAGACAAGAUGCUCAACAUCGCCGAGUCCGCGGUCACGACCGGCACGAGAAUAUACGUAAACUCACUCUCAAGGGAACGCUAUCCGAUCAACUACAUAUACGGUUUCAGCAGUGAAGGUUUCAGUUACUUCUUUACCACCCAGUUGAAGGACACUGAAGCUACCAACUUUAUCUCAAAACUCGUUAGACUCUGUCAGGAUGACAUGCAUUACUAUUCCUACACUGAGAUACCGGUUGAGUGCAAAAACGAAGAACGGAAUUACAAUUUAGUACAGGCGGCUUAUGUCGGUAAAGCCGGGUCAGUAUUAGCCGGCGCGCUUGGUAUUACUGCACAAGAUGAUGUACUUUAUGCAGUAUUUGCCGAAAGUAAUGACCCAAAUAGCCAACGACCGGGUAAUGAUUCUGCUCUGUGUAUCUACGCGCUCAAGAGUAUACGUAGAAAAUUCAUGAGAAAUAUUCAGCGAUGUUUCAGCGGCGAAGGCCAACGGGGCCUAGAGUUCAUAUCGCCGAGUCACAAGUGCGUCCUUACGAAACUGCAAACAAUCGCUGAGGACUUUUGUGGUCUAGACGUAAACACUCCACUCGGUGGACAAGAACCAAUGACAGCAGUACCAGUACUAACUUUUCCAACAUUGCUGACAGCAGUUGCUGCGACGUCAACCGGAGACUUUACUGUAGUUUUCAUAGGCACUCGUGACGGUCACUUAAAGAAGGUUGUAGUAGAGAGUGCAUUGGUUGCGCAAGAAUAUGGAGAUUUGGAGAUCGAUACAAAUUCAACGGUAAAUGCUGACCUGCUGUUUGAUUCUCAACAACCUCCGAUGCAUCUCUAUGUACUGACCGAAAAGAAAAUAUCUAAAGUCAAAGUACAAGAGUGUUCGGUUUAUAAAACAUGUUGGGACUGUUUGGGCGCAAAGGAUCCGUAUUGCGGAUGGUGUUCAUUGGAGAACAAAUGUAAUUUACGAAGUGACUGUCAGGAUGCUGCCAAAGAUCCGCUUUACUGGAUUUCGUACAAAAGUGGCAAAUGCACGACAAUAACAUCUGUUACACCAGAAUUAUUACAAAAAACAACUGCGAGAACUCUUGAGCUGAGUAUUGAUAACUUACCAACGCUCAGUGGUGAAUUUUUAUGCGCAUUUUCAGUCCUUGAUAAAACUCUUAUUACUAAUGCUACGAGAAAACAAUUUGGUGUUAACUGUACAACACCUAGAACAGAUUUAUUGCCCUCGAUACCCAUUGGACAUCAUCAUUUCACGGCCAAGUUGUCGGUCAGAAUGACCAAUGGACCGGAUCUUGUAACGACUGAUUUCACAUUUUUUGAUUGUAAUACUUAUGCAUCCUGUACGGAGUGCGUUUCCUCAAGUUUUCCCUGUGAUUGGUGUGUUGAUGGUCACAGAUGUACACAUGACACUGCCGCUAACUGCCGUAAUGAUAUUCUUGUAACUGGUGUUAGUAGAGUAGGACCCAGUUACAGAAGUGGUCCAGCAUUUUGUCCUACAAUAAAUGCGACUGGUUCUCAGGAGAUAUUAGUGCCUUCUGGAGUUAAAAAAGCGAUAUCUGUUCAAGUUCAUAUCAUCGGACAAUUUAUCAUACAAACAAGAUUCGUAUGUCAAUUCAACAUAGAAGGCCGCGUGACAAGUGUUAAUGCAAAAUUAAGAGCCGACACAAUAUUCUGUGAUGAAAUGGAAUUUUCGUACAGUUCAAAACCACCCAACAUAACAGUACCCUUUGCCGUAAUAUGGGGCGGAUCUAAACCCCUCGACAAUCCAGACAAUAUUCACGUAGUUAUUUAUAGAUGUCGUGACAUGGCGGACAAUUGUGGUAUGUGUUUAGCAAUUCCACCUAAAUACGGUUGUGGAUGGUGUCAGAGUUCAGAUCGCUGUGAAGUUAAAGAACAGUGCGAUCGUGGUGCUGGAAUAUGGUUGGACAGAAAUAUGACAUGCCCGAACCCCGAAAUCCACUCAUUCGAACCAAUGAUGGGACCAUGGGAAGGCAAUACCAAUAUAACAAUACGUGGCAUUAAUCUAGGUAAAACAUUCAAUGAUAUUUAUGCCGGGGUGAGCGUCGCCGGAAUGCCAUGUCAGCCGUACGAGAGUCUUUACAUUCGCACAAAACAAAUAACCUGCCGAGUAGAUGGACCCGGUUCAAAGGAACCAAAACAGGGUCCAGUUAUUGUUAAAAUAGAAAACUUCCGUGGUCAGUCACGUCAUAAUUAUCAAUUUGUCAAUCCUGUGAUAACGAACAUAUUCCCAAAAUAUGGACCCAAAAGUGGCGGGACAAUUAUAAAAAUAACAGGACGUUAUAUGAAUGCAGGAAGUGAAAUAAAAGUUAUGAUUGACGAGUUACCUUGUUUUGUAAUAAGUACUGAUUCUAAUGAGACACUUUGUAUGACAAGUGCCAGCGACAUUAACCGUAACGGCACGCUAUUAAUAACAUUUGACGGACGUAAUCGUACGUACAAUGGUUUCUUCGAGUACGUUGAUGACCCGACAAUAAAGGGCGUCGGAAGUGGCGUUGCAGGACAAAUGAAAAUUCCAAAGGGUAUUCCAGCGGGCGGUAUAAAGAUGUCUGUUACCGGUAAAAAUCUUGGUUACAUACAAAAUCCUCAAAUGUAUGUUUACUACGAUGAUAAAAUGUUUGUGUCACAUUGUGAUGUAUUGAGUCAAACAAGCAUGGAAUGUUGUUCUCCGACAAUAGAAGUCCCGGAGCACGUGGUACUUGAUGCCGAAAAGCCAAUGAUGCUGGAAUACGGUUUCCGUAUGGAUAAUGUCACCGGUGUACAAAAUUUAUCACGCGCUUUACAAAAUAGUUUUUUACUGUACCCAAAUCCAAUUUACGAUAAAUUUGAUGAAGAAGUUAAAUACUACAAGAGUGAUUAUUUGACAAUUAAUGGACAACAUCUUGAUCGUGCUUGUCAGGAAUCUGAUGUUAUUGUACAGAUUGGAAGUACGUAUUGUAACGUAACAUCAUUGUCAAGACAACAAUUAACAUGCAAACCCCCAAUUUCCCAACCACCAGCAUUAAAUGCCGAAGGUUUGCCUGAUAAACAAGAAUUACCGGAGGUUAUUGUUAUUGUUGGCAAUACAUUGAGAUUUAAAAUCGGCAAACUGAGUUACGCAUUACCGGCUGGAUUAAAUGGACCGCUAUCUAAACCUGCUCUCAUUGGUGUUAUUGCUGCUAUCGUGAUACUUAUUAUUAUAUUUAUUGCAUUUUUGAUAGCAUACAGACGCAAAUCUACGGAAAGUAAUCGUGUAUUGAAAAAUAUGCAGGAACAAAUGGACAUACUUGAAUUACGUGUAGCAGCUGAGUGCAAGGAAGCAUUUGCUGAAUUACAAACUGAAAUGACUGAUUUGACGGGUGAUAUUACCAGUGGGGGUAUUCCAUUCUUGGACUACCGAACUUAUACUAUGAAAAUAUUGUUUCCGAAUGUUGAAAAUCAUGUAGUGCUCCAGUGGGACAGACCAGAGUUGUCACGUAAAGAAAAAGGAUUGAGACUUUUCGGACAGCUUAUUAUGAAUAAAACAUUUUUACUGUUAUUUGUUCGUACGCUAGAGAGCAAUCGUUAUUUCUCGAUGCGCGAUCGUGUUAAUGUUGCUAGUCUUAUUAUGGUAACAUUGCAAAGUAAAAUGGAAUAUUGUACAGACAUCUUGAAGACUUUGCUGGCUGAACUCAUCGAAAAGUGCAUGGAAGGAAAGAGCCACCCUAAAUUAUUGCUCAGACGAACGGAAAGUGUAGCUGAAAAAAUGCUCUCCGCCUGGUUCACUUUUCUUCUGUAUAAAUUUAUGCGCGAGUGCGCUGGCGAACCACUUUAUAUGCUGUUCCGUGCGAUGAAGCAGCAGGUUGACAAGGGUCCUGUGGACGCUAUCUCGUCUGAAGCACGAUACUCACUCUCCGAGGAGAAACUUAUAAGACAGUCAAUUGACUUUAAAGCAAUGACUGUCUAUGUAACGAUAGCUCAAACAACAGUCUUCAGUGGUUUGGAUCCAAGUACUGAGAAUGUUCCAGUUAAAGUACUUGACUGCGACACCAUUUCUCAAGUAAAAGAAAAAGCACUGGAUACUAUUUAUCGUGCUACACCUUACAGCCAGCGCCCUAGAAAAGAAGAUCUUGACCUAGAAUGGAGAACAGGAGCAUCAGGCAGAUUAAUUCUGUAUGACGAAGACUCAACAACUAAGACAGAAGGAGAAUGGAAGAAAAGAAAUACAUUAAAUCAUUACCGAGUACCGGAUAGUGCAUCACUGAGCUUAGUAUCUAAGCAAUCAUCUAUUUACAACCUCUCAAUAUUAUCCGAGAAGACUGACAAAUCACACAAAUAUGAAACAUUAAAUCUCACUAAAUUCAGCUCCGCAAGUCCACCUUUGUCACGUGCGACAUCACCAUUAAACCACGACCACGACGGUGGUCUUAAAGUUUGGCAUUUAGUUAAACAUCACGACACAGAUGCACAGAAGGAAGGUGAACGUGGUAAUAAAAUGGUAUCGGAAAUAUAUUUAACGAGGUUAUUAGCAACAAAGGGUACUCUCCAAAAGUUUGUCGACGAUUUGUUCGAGACUAUAUUUAGUACGGCACAUCGUGGCUCUGCGCUGCCAUUAGCUAUUAAAUAUAUGUUUGAUUUUCUUGAUGAUCAAGCACUACAUCACGGCAUAUCGGAUCCAGAAGUUGUACACACGUGGAAAAGUAAUUCAUUGCCAUUAAGAUUUUGGGUUAAUCUUAUUAAAAACCCUAAUUUUGUAUUUGAUAUUCAUAAAUCCAAUAUUGUUGAUUCAUGUUUGUCUGUCGUCGCACAAACAUUUAUGGACAGUUGUUCAACGUCUGAUCAUAGAUUAGGUAAAGAUUCACCGAGUUCAAAGCUGCUUUACGCAAAAGACAUUCCAUUGUACAAAGAGUGGGUAGAGCGUUAUUACUCGGAUAUUAAAAUAAUGCCAGCUAUAUCCGAUCAGGAUAUGAAUGCAAUGUUGGCUGAAGAGUCGAGGUCACACACGACGGAAUUUAAUACCAAUUGCGCACUGUACGAGCUGUAUACGUAUGCGGGUAAAUACAACGAGCAAUUAAUAGUGACCCUUGAAGAGGAUGAAUUUUCACAGAAGCAGAGGUUGGCGUAUAAAUUAGAACAGGUGCACAAUAUAAUGGCUGCGGAUGUUAAUCCCUGAUGCCCUGUGAUUCCAACCAAGCAUCCGACAAAGCCUCUUCGACAUGAAUGGCCGUGCUGAGUCGUUAUGCCACUGGCUGGUUAUUACUACUAAUAAUAUUUAAUAUUUAAUAAUUAUUAUUAUUAAUACCGCUAUUUAAAAAUAAUGCCACGUCAACUGGCCUAAUUGGACACUGAAAAAAAAAGUUUUUAAAUCAUAACGCGAUGUUAAUUUAUUUAUUUAUUUUUCUCGUAUUAAUGUUUUUUUUCUUUUGUUAACUUUUUAAAACCACAGACUUUAACUCGCGAUUUAUCAUUUAAAUUAUUGAGACAACUCAACAAAAUAAUUAUAUAAUUAGAUAGGAUAUAUGAAUGAGUGUGCAAACAACGUUUAUAUAUAUAUAUAAAAAAAAAAAAAUAAAUAAAUAAGUCUUCGGGUAGGCCGCUGGCUGGAAUGUGCGACUUAUCAUCGCACUACCAGAUUAUUAUGUAUAUAAAGUACCAAAAUAAUUAUCGACAGCAAUAGAAUAAUUUAUUAUUAUUAUUAUUGUUUAUUAUUAUUAUAUUAUUUUGUUUGUUGUCUUUAAAUUAUUUAAAUAACAAUAGUAAACGCUCACUCCGGCGGCCCAGCGGACACGCAGUCUUAAGACGUCUGAUAAUUUAAAAUAAAUACGAAACAAAAUAAUAAAUUAAUUAUUAAUAAUAAUAAUAAUAACAAUAAUAUAUUGAUAAAAUAAUGUGCGAAUGAACAAUGUUCAACGAUAUAUUUGUAAAUGUAUAAUUGAUCGAUCCGCGCCACGUGCCCAACAAGCGACUGACGACCUUAAUAAAUAAUAAGUGUCGAAUUUAAAACGAAUAAACAUUUCCAUCCACUGCUAAAUAAAUAAAUAGCCGAAGACCCCAGCUUUUAUUAUUAUAAUUAUUAUUUAUUAAAUAUUAACAGCUAGGUCUUCGCGGAUUCCGAUUAAUUUAUAAUAGUAUUUAGCUAAAGUAAUUUAUACAAAUAAAUAAAUAUAUAUAUAUAUAAAUAUAAAUAUUAUAUACAAUGAAUGUCAUAUGUAUAUGUGUAUAUAUACUUAAAUAAUGACGGUAUGACGUACAUAAAUACAUACGUCUACCCUUCCGUAAUAUAUUACGCGAUAUAAAUAUUAUACAUAAUUAUUAUAAAUUAUAAUAAUUAUAUUAUAUAUAUAUAUACAUCCAUAAAUAUAAAUAUAAAUUUAAUUGUAAUUGUAAUUUAUAAAUAGACGCGCACACAUUCGAUGAAGAACGAAACGAUGAAGUAAUAAAUAAAUAAAUAAAUGAAUAAAAUAAUAAUAAUGUCAUUCAGUGACACAAGAACGUGUAUUAUUUGAUAGGUAUUAAUUAUGUGGACGAUGGUCACGUGUGAGACCAACUUAUAGUGUGACGGUUGUGACGAGUGUGCGUGCUUCCCAUUUGACAAUUUAUAAACGUCCCCCAAAAUGCCAUAUAAUCGUAAUAUAAUUUUUUUUUUAUUUCAUCAAUAACUUUGUCAUUGUCAUUAUUAUUAUUAUUAUUAUUAUUAUUAUUAUUAUUAUUAUUAUUAUUAUUAUUAUUAUUAUUAUUAUUAUUAUUAUUAUUAUUAUUAUUAUUAUUAUUAUUAUUAUUAUUAUAAUGAAAAUUUCAAAUGACAGCGUAAAAUUAUCUCUAGACCACCUUUGUGCCACUCAAUUUCUCAUUAAAAAAAAUGCUUAACGUCUCCGUCGUCAUUAAUUGUUGUCACUCUUUAAUUAUUGUAAUAUAUAUAUAUAUAUAUAUCUAUAUUUAUUAUUAUUAAUGAUAACUGUUAAGUAUUGUCUGAUUGUAAUACAUUGAUAUUGAUAUUGAAUUGAUAAUCAUUAAUUAAAAAAAAAAAAA